CUCUAGCGUUUUGCUGUCCUUCCUGCAGCAACACUGUGAGCAGGAUUGAGGGAGAAGGAUGUGGUCCUUUUUUGCUCGGGAUCCUAUCAAAGACUUCAACUAUGAAAUUUUACCCGAAAACCAAGAAAAUUCAGGCAUAUGGACACUUAGUCGGGGGAAACGCAAGACUACUGGUGAAUCAGUAUCGCUCUUCGUGUAUGAGGUGUCCCAGGGAACAGAUGAGCAAACACAGCUGGCUAAAGCAGCUUUCAAACGCACAAAAACACUCAGACAUCCUAACAUCUUAUCCUACGUAGAUGGGUUAGAGACAGAGAAAAGUUUAUACAUUGUCACAGAACCAGUGACCCCUCUAGCAGCACACCUGAAGGUCCAGGCGGAGAAAGGUGUUGUUAGCGACUUAGAGGUGUCAUGGGGCCUUCACCAGAUUGUGAAAGCCCUAAGCUUCUUGGUAAACGACUGUCACCUCCUCCAUAAUAACCUGGGCAUGUGGGCCAUCUUUGUGGACCGUGCCGGUGAAUGGAAACUUGGAGGGUUGGAUCAUGUGACCUCUGAUCAAGGAGACUCCACUUCCUUACCUCCGCCUAAAGUAAUCAACCCCGAUCUGGAGAAAUAUGACCCUCCUGAGAGCCCCGGCAGUGGUGGAGACAAAUGGUCAGGGGAUGUGUGGCGUCUCGGUUGUCUUAUUUGGGAAGUAUUUAAUGGAUCCUUAGCCCGUGCCUCCUCAUUACGAUCUCUUGGCAAGAUUCCAAAAAAGUUAGUCCCGCAUUACUGUGAGUUGGUCGGGGCAAACCCAAAGAUUCGUCCCAACCCGGCAAGGUUCCUACUGAACUGCAGAUCUCCAGGAGGUUUCAUGAACAACAGCUUUGUGGAGAGCUGCCUGUUUCUGGAAGAGAUACAGAUUAAGGAGCCUGCAGAGAAGCAGCAGUUCUUCCAGGACCUGAGUGAGAACCUCGACUCGUUCCCUGAAGAUUUUUGCAAGCACAAAGUGCUGCCUCAGCUCCUCACAGCCUUCGAGUUUGGAAAUGCUGGUGCUGUCGUUCUCACACCUCUAUUUAAGGUAGGGAAGUAUUUGUCAGCUGAAGAGUACCAGCAGAAAAUCAUCCCAGUCAUAGUGAAGAUGUUUUCCUCUACUGACCGAGCUAUGAGGAUACGACUGCUACAACAGAUGGAGCAAUUUAUCCAGUAUUUAAAUGAAGCAGCAGUAAACUCCCAGAUCUUCCCACACGUGGUACACGGUUUCACAGACACAAAUCCUGCCAUUCGAGAGCAGACUGUAAAGUCCAUGCUCUUGUUGGCCCCUAAACUGAACGAGACCAAUUUAAACCAGGAGUUGAUGCGUCACUUUGCACGUCUGCAGGCCCGGGAUGAUCAGGGCCCCAUUCGGUGCAACACCACAGUUUGCCUGGGCAAAAUCGCCCCCUACCUCAAUCCCGGGAUGCGACAGCGUGUUUUAGUAUCUGCGUUCACGCGUGCAACUAAAGACCCGUUUCCUGCCUCACGCGCAGCUGGUGUGCUCGGCUUCGCUGCCACUAAUCAGUACUAUAGUGUGACCGAGAGCGCCGCUCGCAUUCUGCCCACAUUGUGCACACUGAUCGUGGAUCCAGACAAAAAUGUCAGAGAUCAGGCAUUCAAAGCUAUCAAAAGUUUCCUCAGUAAGCUGGAGACAGUUUCAGAAGACCCCUCUAAAAUAGCUGAAAUAGAGAAGGAUGUGACUUCUUCAGGACAGACAGGGGGGUCUGCUGCCACAUGGGCAGGGUGGGCCGUAACCGGUGUUUCGUCCCUUACCUCUAAACUUAUACGAAAUGCUCCGGCUGGUUCGGAGGCAGCACCUGCUGAAAACAGUCCUGCCCCACAACCUACACCUGGACCUGUAACCACACAUACAGCAAACAAAGGUCCAGAGUUAAAACCACAGCCAUCCAGUGCCCGUGGUGCCCUAGACAUCCAAUCAGAGACUUCAAAUGAGGAGACAACAGAGGCUGAUGUCGAUCGGUGGGAUGAUGAGGAUUGGGGAAGCCUUGAGGACCCUGAAAAACUUCGGACAGACCCAGACGAUUGGCAUUCAGAUUGGUCGGCCAUGUCCUCAGCACAAAAGAAAAACAAUGUUGGUCGGAAGUCAUCUGAGAUGGUUAAGAAGCAGAGUUCUGAUUGGAGCUCAGGCUGGGAUGCUGAUGACAGCUGGUCCAAUGACAAAGAUGCCGAUGGUCAGAGUCAAAGUUCACCUGCCGAUGAGGGUUGGGGUAACGAUUGGGAAGGGAAUGAGAGUCUGGCCGAGAGUUUUUCCCCAACCCCACGACAAAAACCCACUUCCUCGGUCUCAGGCAGUGGUCCAAAAGGUGCCAGUUUAAGCGCUGGACAGGAAGAGUUACGAUUGGCUAGCGAGUACAACUGGGAUGCAGGAAAAUCAUCAACAUCGGAUCUGUUUUCCAGUGUGUCACAAAGGACAAAUAACACUGCUGCUACUAUGAAAUCUGAUGGCUGGGAUGCAGAUGCCACAGGAGACUGGGGAGCAGAGGAAAACUGGGAAUCAUUGGAUGAUGAUCAGGGUCUAAGUAAGGCAGAAUUGGCAAAGAAAAAACGAGAAGAGAGAAGGAAAGAGCUUGAGGCCAAACGGGCAGAACGCAAGGCAGCAAAGGGUCCUCUCAAACUGGGCGCACGCAAACUAGACUGAAUUAUAAGGGUAAACAUUGAAGGUAGCAGUCCAGAGGCUCUGAACAGUCAUGAACUCAUUGAAAAUGAAGAGACUUCAUUCAGUGUAAGAUUUUAAAGAAACAUUCCCGGGAUGUCAGAGAGGAGGAACCUCAAAGCUGUCUGACCAUUGGGCCAAUAUGAAGAGCAAAUCCGUCUCCCACAUCUGCAAAGCAUAAACUAUGAUAUUCCUUUACUCUUCUUACAGUAUCAUGAUUUUUUUUUUAUAUGUAAAAUAUCAUCAUAGUUUAUUGAGUUUAUAAACUCACAAGUCAGUGACAGUUGCAGGGUUUAAGAUUUAACAAUGAAAUCAUAAUCUAUAUAUGUAUUGCGAUUAUACAUUUAAUACUGAAUCGAUGUGGACUUUAAGGACUUUUAACAGUGGAUUACACAAAGAAACUCCAGUACAGUCAGAAGAAAGCUGGGGCAAUAAGGGUCCCAGGUGGGCCGGUGUCAUUUCCAGUGCAUGUAUGAACACAACAGUGGGUUCACGGGACAGAAGAUUUACGUACAGUAACUCAUUAAAGGUGUUUUGGAUCUUUCUUUAGCCAUACAACAUAGUACAGUUGGAUCUCCUUGUUACUUUUGGUUUGUGCCUUUUAUCUUGGAUGGUGGCACUGCUUAUGUUGUAAAAUAAAUAAAUCAAUGUUUUUUUUAGUUCAUGGGACUGAGAUCUAGUGCAAUAUUUUCAGAGUACAUAUUCAUAUAUUGUACAGACUCAUUUUAACUCAAAAAGAUGAACAAUAAACUUUUCUCUGAAAUGUACUGUA